AUUAGCCGACCGACCGACCGAUAGUCCGAAACCUCCUCUCAAUGUUCAUGACACUACUGAAUUGUUGACUCCGUCAUUGGCAUGGGUUCGAAUAAAGAAACUUCGCGAUCACGGUUUGGCUGUCGCACCUGUCGUGCCCGAAAGGUCAAAUGUGACGAAAGACCUGGCAAAUGCGGCAACUGUGCUCGAUUGCGACUGGUCUGUUCCGGCUAUACAACGCCACUAAGGUCUCAACCAACCGGAGGUGAAAUAGACCAGGGAGAGUCUGCGAGAGGAAAAAGGACAUAUCGUUCUUGCACAGCAUGUCGUGCUUCGAAGACCAAAUGCUCUGGUGAGCGGCCAUGCCAAAGAUGCCGUUGGAAAUGUUCAAACGAAUGUGUUUAUGCCGAAUCCACACAGCCCACUUGGGUGCGUAGAGUCAGCGUGACCUCGACGGGCAACAGGGACUUAACUCCAUCCCUGCCCUCCAUUCCUCAGCGGUCUUUUGGGCAGAUACCAUCUAUGCAGGAUAGUCUGCCAAGCUUAAUGGGAUCGCCGCCUAUACCACAACAGGCUUUCCCACUACUGGAGACCACUGGGAAUUCAUCAUCUCCACUUGAUUGGUUGGCUACUCAUGACCUUCCCAACUCAUCAAGAAUCACGAUGCUAGUCGAAGAGUAUUCUAACAACAUCCACCCUCUGCGCGCCUUUGCCUUUAUGCACAAGCCUUCUUUCCUACAACGAUUGGAUGGAGAUGUUUCAAAAAACUUCGACAAUCAUGCUCUUUUACAUGUGAUAUGUGCACUCGGAGCCCAGUUUUAUGCUCUGUCAUACAGCGAGACGACAACUCCACUUGAGCCCGCUUUCGUCCUUCUUGCGGGCACCCAAUGGGCUAAAAUUGCCCAGCGACUCAUUCUUGAGACCAUAGAUCGUGUGACCAUUGAAAGUUUAAUGGCGGCCGUUCUUCUUCAUGAUUAUGCUGUUCGAUUGGGGAACUUCGCAAAUGCGUUUAUGCUGAGUGGACUUACUACACGCAUGACCCAGGGGCUACAGAUCAAUCUUGAAUACAACACCGACAUCCUCUGCCAGGAUACCGAUAACGGUCUUCCAGUCACGGCAAAAGAGUCUCGUCGGCGCUUGAUGUGGAGCUGCUACAUAAUGGAUGCGCUUGUUGGCAGCGGAGUAGACCAGCUGACUUUAAUGGAUGAAAGAGACAUCAAGAUUCAACUUCCAUGCAAUGAGCGCAACUUCACUCAGCAAGUCCCCUGCCUCACAGAAACUUUACAUGCUGGAAGUUGGCUCAAAAUCCUACCGGAAGAUUUAGAUCCAAAGACUCUGUUGCCUAAUAUGGGAAUAAUGGCGUAUUUCAUUCGACAUAUCUCAAUCCGCAAAAGGGUUUUAAGGUAUAUAAAACAUUUAGGAGACGCUAUGGUUCCGUGGGACCCUGCAUCGGAAUUUGCUCUUUUAGAUGCGGAUUGUCGGGCAUGGUAUGACUCUCUACCAGCAAGUCUACAAUUCACACCCGAUGCAAUGUACAUUCGCAAAGAUACUUCGCAAUUAGGGGCCCUAUGUUUGCUUCAUUGCACGUAUUAUCAAACCAUCUGCGACCUAUAUCGAUUAGGUGCCCCUGCGCUUUACAAACUCCGAGCCGCCUUCGACUUCCCUCCUGAACAAGCUGACUUUCUUCGGCAUCUUCAACAAGUCCUCUUUGACGCAGCUCGGGCUUUGGCAACUAUCAUUGGGCAGACAGCUAGGCAUGGUCCUCGGAUGUUGGCAGACUCCUGGCUUCCCACCAUCGCGUAUGACAGCUGCCGGAUCAUGGUAUACCAUUUGACUCAGAUCCUAGAUCCACGCUCAGAGAAUUCAAAGGCUCUUGCACUAGCUGCAAUUCCUCUCCUCCACAGUAAUAUCAACGCACUGAGGUCAAUGGGACCACUCAAUGCGAUUGCAAGUUCACUCUCCUCCGCGGCGGAAACAAUGCUUGAUCGUUCUGGUAUUGAGUCCGAAGUGGUCAUGCAGAACAUCAUACCCGAUGACCCGUAUCAGUCAACUGAGGAGGAAGACAUGAGUAACGACUUUCGAGAAACUCCAGUUCAAAGUGCGCCAGACUACGUCCUCAAUCCGUUGACAAUUUUCCGAAUGGCACGCAAAUCUAUACCAGAGCGACAUGCCCCGGAAAGGGCGAGCACUGCGUCCGCACCUACUAGUGCCAUUUCCGAAAACAGGGUCGACGCUGUUCGUUCCCCUUGCGAAGUUAUUAGUGACUCCCAGGCAGACAAUGGUCCAGCUGGGCUUAGGGCUGAUCAGGCGAGCCUUGAGGAGCUACAAACUUUGUUCAUGUCCGAUCUUGGAUGGGCAUGGCAGCCCGCAGACACGGCAGUUGGAUCAGGAACGGAGGGAGCUGGACUAUUGCCAUGGGCAGGUGGAUAUCCCAACACCCAAACACAACCCUGGUUGCCUGUGUUUCCAUUCCCUCAGCAAAGCUGA